CGGAUUGAAAAAUUCCUACACCUUCGUCGAGAAAUCUCCCAACAACAACGACAUCUCGGUGCUCGGUUAACAAUAGCGAGUUUCGGUUAUACACAUUUUUUACUUUUGAACCUUUUUACGGGCGAUUUUCGACAUUAAAACCCCGUUUUCGAAUUGAUUCAGUGAUGUAACGAGCCUCCGAAACGGAUUUUAACCGAUUCGCGUCGAAAAUUCCGAUCAAAGUCUACUAUUACCAAUAUUAACCAAAAGGGACGAGAAGAGAAUCACUCGCAUAAACUAUGGAGGCUGUCGCUAAACACGACUUUAACGCGACCGCCGACGAUGAAUUAAGCUUUAAACGCUUUCAAGUCCUUAAAGUUUUAAACAUGGAAGAUGAUAUGAAUUGGUAUCGUGCCGAAUUAGAUGGUAAAGAAGGUUUAAUUCCCUCAAAUUAUAUUGAGUUGAAAGAUCACGGAUGGUAUUAUGGGAAAAUAACCAGAGCGGACGCGGAACGAUUGCUCUCAACGAAACACGAGGGUGCUUUUUUGAUUAGGGUCAGUGAAAGUUCUCCGGGGGAUUUUUCACUUUCUGUUAAAUGUUCCGAUGGUGUUCAACAUUUUAAAGUUUUACGAGACGCUCAAGGCAAAUUCUUUUUGUGGGUGGUCAAGUUUAAUUCGCUCAACGAAUUAGUUGGGUAUCACAGAACCGCAAGUGUUUCUAGAUCGCAAGAUGUUAAAUUGAGGGAUAUGGUCGUUUCUGAAGAUUAUUUAGUGCAAGCUUUAUACGAUUUCACACCGCAAGAACAAGGCGAAUUGGACUUUAAAAAAGGUGACGUUAUAACUGUAACUGACCGUUCGGAUCAACAUUGGUGGCAUGGGGAGAUUCGACACCGCAAAGGAUUAUUUCCAGCCACCUAUGUUACACCGUAUCACUCGUAAAGGUUUUUAAUUUGUAACGAAGAAUCGGCCGGAAACUAGCGAAUUGGCCGCCCCCCUCCCAAAAGUCGACAAAAAGAAAGCGGUUUUAGAUUUACUCUAAAAAUUAAAAAAAAAGGAUCUAUAUAUAUAAAUAUAAAUAAAUAA